AUGGGCGACGAGGACGACGUGCUGCCGGCGCGUCUGCAGAGGCUCGAGAUCGACCGUCGCUCGACGAGUUGUCCCCACAUUGCAAUGGCAGACAAGUCGAAGCCGAUGAAUCUAUUCAGGAUAUUCGGCGCGAGCUCCGACAGCAACUGUUUAUUCCGAAGAAGAUCCAUGCCCAACAGGCCUACCAUGUUCCCAGUUAAUCCGAGGGGCAUCAAGAGUACAACGAAUUUCAAGCCGUCUAAGAACGAGAGAACGGUCGAGAAGACCAAGAGGAGCACCAUCCUGAGGGACGCGAUUCUAAAGUUGAGCGCCCCCGGCACCAGCGGUCCUAGUGAUAACCCAGUGGACGCGCUGUUCAAGGACACGUGUAAGCUCAGUAUUCCCAGUAAAAAUUCCAAGAUCAUCGACCACAACUCGGUCAUGAAGGACUUCAAGGCGCUGAAGAUCAGCAAAGACAAUAGGCAGGUCAAGGACGACACUAGUAUUCAGGAUGACGAUUGCGAGGGCGCGGGCGGCUACCACCGUGCCCGCAGUAACACGAUGCCGAACUUGAAGCGGGGCCCCGGCCCGGGCGGCGGUGGCGGCGGCGGCAGUGGUGGUGGCGGUGACCAGCGCGCGACGACGGCGGCGGCGGGCAGCAGCGGGUUGCAGUCGGAGGCCAGCGGCGGCUCAGCCGGCCAGCAACAAUUGUCGAGCUCGCCCAACACCUGUUCGGUACAGGCGCGAAUAUCGCCGCCCUUGUCGAGCGACAUCACGAUCGGCGAACUCGCCGGCUACUUCGAGGAGUUCGUACAUAUUCCAAAGAAGAUGUCGCACAUGGCGGAGAUGAUGUACACUUAAUAAUUGUAAAGUAUCUCGAAUUAUGCAUACACCGCGGAUGCAGACCCUUCUUUUUUCUUUUUACACACAGUUCGAGGCUGCGUGUAACACCUCACUCUCUACAUACACCCUGCAUCUCCCCCUCGUUUACGCUACGUUCUAAUUUAAUCUCCUAAAUUAUUUUUUUAACAUACCUGAUGACAUACCGGCAAACAAAAAAAACCCCGUUUACUCUCGCUGUAAUUGUGUAUAGUUCCGAAAUUGUUGAGCUAUUUUGUAUAAACUUUCGGAAGAGUGUAGCGAGAUACCGAGACGUUACUUUCCUUCGCAUUAUUUUCUUUUUGUUUUCUUUUUUUUCACAUCAUCUUGCGCACGAUAUUUGGUUUCUUUAGUGUAUAAAAGGGAAAAUGGAAAUAUUAUAUUACCUGUAUUUAAAAAAGAAAACUUUUGUAUUACGAGAGAAGAAUAAUUGGUUUUAGAAUAAAUUGUAUGAAUUGAAA